AUGAAUAACUACACGAUUAUUACCUAUCUCAAGGAUAAUCGUGGGCAAGAACUGCCACUGGAGGAAGUUGAGAAGGGCACCGGAAUCAAGAUUUCCUCCUCGCCCCAGUUGCUUCAAAAUUUGAAGGAGAAUCCCUCGAUCAAUUAUAGCGAAGAUGUGAGCUCAGGCAAGAAGGUGGUGAUGCUGAGUUGGCGGUCCAAGUACCCCAUUACAUCCAAAGACACCCUGCUGACCUACCUGCGGGAGCACAAGCUGCUCGAGAUCGAUGCUGAGGUCAAGCUCUGCUACAAGGACAUUAUGUCCGACCUCGAGCAAAUGAACAGAGAGAAGCAAGUGUUUGUGAUCUACCUGGGCAAGAACAAGCCCAUCUACUUCAUCAACGAGGCCCCGCAGUACAAGCCCAUGGACGAGCAGGUCAUGCAGCUGUGGGCAAAGACCUUCACCGAGGGCACCUCCGACAUGGUGGGCAUUCGGCAGCAGCUGCAGCACAAGUACAGGGUUCCGCUGGCGCAGCUGCCCUUCGACGAAGACUUCUUCUUUCUGCAGCAGAUGAAAGAGAGGAAGGCACAGGACGAAAAGCUCAAAGCGCAGAAGCGGAAGGGAAAGGGCCGCACGGUCGGACCCAACGUGAAGAAGAAGGUCAACGAAACGCUGUCCGAUAUGAACUUCUCGCUCACCAUGGCCGGCGCCACCGACGGAGCCGACGUCUUCACGCUCAAGAGCGAGCAAGACGAAGUGAUCGAACUCACGUCCGAAAAGGGCCAUGCCAUGGAGAUGCCUAAAUUGUUCUUCACAGAUGACAUCUGCGACUUUGUGCAGAAGACCAUUCGAGCGUUCUGCGACGACGAGUCCAUCAUCGCAUUCGAGGCCCUCCUGCGCGAGGUCUCACAGGACGCCAAUGUUGUGAGCAUCAACGAGCGAAAGGAACUGCUCCUCGCGGAUAAGUUGCACCUAACGCCCCGCAUUCUGCGUACGAUCCUCGGUCGACUGAGAACGCAGUGCUUCGCGCGGGAGCGCAUCUUUACGCUACCCUCAACGGAGAGCACUCGGGCGACAAAGCAGUACUCGUGCUGGCUCAUUACCUUCAACGACCUGUUCGACAUCACCAACUACCGCGUCCUAAAGGCACCGCGCUUCAUGCUGGAUAUCAUCGACAGCAGCUCGAAGGACGAUAGCCACUACCUCUACUUCUGCUCCAACAAAGCCUGCGGCAUGAAAUACGGCAUUGAAGAUGUGGGCUCGCUCUUCGGCCAACAGAGCUGUCUUGGCUGUCAGUCGGAGCUGAUCAACGCCGAGACGAACAAGAAGCAGGACGAGUGGUCAAACGUGCGGCCCGUGCUGGAAGAGCUCAAGGACCAGAUUCGCGCCAUCCUUCUGCGCUCCGGGUCUACAAUGGGCAACACGCCCGAGCUUGCGAAUUCUUCUGCCGCGUCCCGACGACUUCCCUCGUCAAGGCAAAGGAAACGAGGAGGUGGUCCCGCAACACCUAGAACACCCGCUUCUGGGUCUUCUUCCUCGUCGACAGCCACCACCGUGAAGCUGGAGAACGGCCAGGGAAAGGGCAAUGGCCCGGCUGGUCCCUCGAUGGAGCUCGUGCGCAAGGGCGAAGAGAAGCUGGCUUUCGACCACCCGACACCCAUUCAAAUCGCAAGGGACGGUCGCAUCUGGUUGACCGUGCUCUACAAGACGUGGAUCAAGAAGGAUCCCGCGACGGCCCGUGCGCGCGAGGCCAAAAAGGAGGCCGUGCUGGCCGCCCUCAUGGGCGACGAAGAGAGCCUGCUGUCCGGGAAGGACAAGAAGAAGCGCAAGACGUCGUCGGCCGAGAGGAAGGACAAGGAGAAGGAGUCGAAGCGGCCGAAGACGGAUGACGGCAUGGACCUUGUACAAGUGAAGCAGGAGAGGGACGAGGCGGAGGCCGAGGCGGAGCUACCCUCCCAUCUCAAGGUGAUGAUCAAGGGCGAGAUCAAGUCCGAGCCCGCGGCCAGGCUCGAAUCCAUCACCAAGGAGGAGAGCGCCGACGUUGAGCGGAAGCUGAAGAUGGAACGGACCAUGUCCGCGGACGAAAUCCGCAUCGACACGGAGAUGAAACACCGGGAGCUGCGGGAGGUGGGCUGGGACUGGAGCUAUUCGACCAAGGAGGCACACAACUUCCUGUGCCACGUUACGGAGCUGCGCCGGUAUUACUCGCAGGUGCUUGAGUACGAGGUCACCAACCAAUCCCUCUAUCUGGCCUGGAAGCAUCUGGGCAUAACACCCAUCGAAGUCGCUCGGCGCCUGGCCUUCAUGGCCGGGCUCAAGGACGCCAAGGAGCUGCCGCGAAGCAUCAUGCAGACCGUGGCCGCUUGCUCGCCCGGUACCGGGCCUCUCCCUCUCUCGGCCCUGAUAGGCGCCACUGUCACAGUGAUCUGA